AUGGGGAACGGAGCACGCCGUCCGCCUUACCAUUACAGGCAAUACUGCAAAUUCUACUGUAUGCUGCUUUUUCCAAGGCGGCAGUAUGACAUACAAGUACACGCAUACACAACACCAUCAGUGCGUCUCCAGACUCGAGACGCAUCGAUUGGUUUGAUAGAUGCCAAUCGCGCCGUCACACAGAUGCCCAGACGCAGUACACGAUGCGGCGGCGCAUUAGUCUGCCUGCAUGUGAACGUCUCGAGCCGAGCUGCAGCAAAGCAGAGCAAGAACUAA